AUGCCAACAAUAAUAUUAUUAGAUGUAUCACUGUCGAUGGCAUCAUCGAUAUCACAUUUAAAUGAAGACCAACAAGAAUGUACUAUCAAAGAUAUGAUGAUCAUGGGUAUUAUAUCAUUCUUGCAAUCGUUGGAGAAUAAUCUUAGUACGUUUAUGAUGGAUUUGGUGGCACUCAUAACAUACUCGAAUACACUGGUAUCGGUGGUUCCAUUCACCAAGGAUCUAGAAAAGAUCAAGAAACAGUUGGUCGAUAUCAAACUACAAAACAAGACGAAUCUGGUCGAUGCUUUGGUUGCUGCCGUUCAAUUGGUACAGUCAUCAAAGCUAGCCUAUGGACAUGCCGUUGAAAUACUCGUCUUUACAGACAACUCUUCAUCACUCAAAGACAACCAAUACAUCCUCAAACAAUUGUACAUACCCUUUAUUCAUUACAUUCAUUUUAUAUCAAUCGAUCAUAUUUCUCCAGAUUUACAAGUAAAUUUAAAUCAAAAGAAACAUGAUCAAAUAACAACAACAACAACAACAACAACAUCUGAUAGUGUUAAACCAACAAAUCAACAACAACGACAACAACAACAACAAGAAGAUAGUGAUGAUCAAAAUUCAAUAACAAAAUCAAUUACACUUUAUAAUAAUAAUCUACAUGGUACAAUGUAUAUAAUCAACAAGGAAUAUAAUAAUAUAAAAUCAAUAUUAUCAAAUAUAAUAACUAAUAUUUUACAAUCUCAUUAUUCAUUUUAUCGAGGAAUGAUAACAUUUGGUCAUUUAACAUCACCUUUUACAUUGUAUCCAUCAAUCUAUACAAUCAAUUCAUUUGUAAAAGAUAGAUUUAAACUUCCAUCUCAAGAUAUAUCAGCAGCAUCCAAUAAUAGUAGUAAUAAUAAUAAUUUAGAACCAAUCUUUCCAAAUACAUCAUUUGAUAGAUUCCCUUCACAUGUAUCAAUUAUUGGAUUUUUACCAAGCAAGUCAUUGAACAAGGUUGAUAGUGUGACGAGACAUGUUGUCAUUCCACUGAUCCCAGAUUCACAGCCGGGAUCUACUCCACCUCUAUGUCCAGUCUUACAUUAUACACUAAGAGCACAAAAGAAAACAGCCAUUGUAUCAAUCAUUGAUAAACAGUGGUAUGGACUAUUGACGGCAGUCGUAGAGAAUGAUACACCUGUCCUCAUCCUCACUACUCUUGCUCCUCAUUCCAACUUUUCAGAUAUUGUACUCGAAUGUGGUAUCGAUCAAAUGGAAGUUGGUACACUUGGUAAUUUUGAAUCAAUCCAACAACAGCAGCAACAACAGCAACAACAACAAAACCAACACCAACAAUCUAAUCUACCAUCAUACAAUAAUAUACUAAAUGGAGGUAAAAACUUAAAUAAUUUACCAGUGAUUGAUCAGUCAUUUGCUAGACUAGACAAUAUACAAAUGGAUAUUCAAAAGUUACAAAGAAUUAUUAGAACCUCGCCUUUUAGAAUUGAUACUUUGGUCCUUGAAUGUGAAAAGAUUAGACAGACUGCAUUGACCUAUCAAAUGCCAUCACUCAUGACUGCCAUACUAGUCGCCAUCAAAGAAGAACUCAAUCAAUCACUCUCAACAAUGAAUAUUAGUCAACAACAUGCUUCCAUCUUGCAAGCUCUAUUAUAUCGAUUGGAACUCCCAUCGGCCAUUAAUGAUGAAUUGGGCAUAUAA